GUCUUAAUUAGUAGGUAACUCAUUCUAGUGAGAUAUCUCGGAGAGGCACUAUGAAUACCUUGGCCACCUUUACGACACUUCUUCUGAUCGGGUUGGCGUCCACCAACUUAUUCUCAGAGGAAUCCGUCACUUACACCGGGGAGAAAGAUAUCACCAAAUUAGUCGUCAUAUUCAUAAGAGAACCGUUUAAAGACGGUGAAGCGACCUCCGCUUACGAAAAAAUCCAUGUCUUCUUCAUCGAAGAAGGAAAAGGCCUCUUUGUCUUGAAGAACAAACAAAUAACUAAUCUGCUCGAGAAUGGUAACGACAUCUCCACGACCUAUGACAUAAACAACACACAAUUAUACUUCGCAGCUUCCGAUGGCAUCUACAGCUUCAACAACCAAGAGAACAAAGCUGAAAAAUACGGAACAUUGACUGACAACACUGUUGCCGUCGCUAAGUAUUGGGGCACCAAUGAUUUAUACAUUCUAACAACAGAUAAUGUUGUAUACAAAGUCACUGAGGAUGGCACUAAAAAGGAAGAGAUAACCAAUGUAAAGGAUGCCCAACAAAUUGUGUUGGACUCGGCUAAUAAUUUGUACUUCGUGGAUAGUAAGAAACACGUCUAUGUUAGACUUGAUGUAGACGGUACUGUAAUGAGCAUUAUAGGUCUACCAGCAAAUCCUAAUGUACAGAUUAUGAGGGCACCAGAAAUUAUAAAGGAGGCUGUUGCAGUCAUGGGUGGUAAAAAAAAUUAUUUUGCAUUCGCAAAUGGCACAUCUAGAGCAGACUCAAUUUUAGACAAGCAUCCAAUUUUCGCCGUCAUUGUGAACGAGACGAGUGCCUUACUAUAUGCGAGUCAAAACAACAAAAUUUAUGAGUACGUGCAGGACAUGCUUCCUAUCGUGUACGACAGCAUGCAGGAUGAUAUGUUAUAAUUUUUGUCCAUUAAUCAAAACAAUUUUGCAGCGUAAUCCGACAGCUGUCUGCUUUCAUUUGGUACUAUACGACGUUUCCUUACAUAUCCCUUCUUGAUGGGCCUGUGGGACCUGGGAUUUUCGAUAUUGUUGGGCACGAAUUACGUCUCAGUGGCCCCUCAUAGGUCACUUAUCUCAGUUAUUUAUCGUGUUAGGGCAAUACAUA